CAGAUUUCCUUAUUAUUUUCUUCUUCUUCUUCUUCUUACCGGUUAAAGAACUCCCACUAAACGACCAUGGCGCAAGGGCUUCUGCUAUGGAGUCCUUGCCUGCUCCACUCUUACUCACUUCGCUUCAUACCUUUCAAACCUUACAACACAAAACUCAUCACCCUCUCCAUCUCUGCCACCUUAGACUCCCAAAACGAAACCACCCAAGAGCUCACUGCUAGAGAGAGAAGGCGUCUCAGAAACGAGAAGAGAGAGAGCAAAAUGGGGAACAAUUGGCGGGAAGAAGUUGAGGAGAAGCUUCUCAAGAAACCCAAGAAGAGAUAUGCCACUUGGACCGAGGAGCUCAACCUUGAUACCCUCGCUAAUUCGGGUCCUCAAUGGUGGGUCGUUCGGGUUUCUCGGCUCAGGGGUCACGAGACUGCCGAUCUUAUAGCUCGAUUGCUAGCCAGGAACUUUCCCCAACUCCCCUUCAAGGUGUAUGCACCUGCAGUUCAGGUGAAGAGGAAACUGAAAAACGGGUCCAUUUCAGUUAAACCGAAACCUUUGUUUCCGGGUUGUGUCUUUAUAAAAUGUAUAAUGAACAAGGAGAUUCAUGACUUUAUAAGGGAGUGUGAAGGAGUUGGAGGUUUUAUUGGCUCCAAGGUUGGAAAUACGAAGAGACAGAUUAACAAGCCAAGGCCAGUGUCUGAGAUUGACAUGGAAGCAAUUUUCAAAAAGUCAAAGGAAGAACAAGAAAAAUAUGAGCAAGAGUUUAAGGAGCAACAAAAACAAGAAGAGAUCCUUAACUCUUCACUACCCAAUGCAGAGUCACAGUCAGAUUCCGUACCGAAACGCCGAUCCAAGAAGGCUUCUGAUCCACUGAAGCUUCUUACCCCAGGUUCUACUGUCAAAGUUUUAUCUGGAGAUUUUGCGGAAUUUGAAGGAUGCCUCAAGAAGGUCAAUCGCAAAACAAAAAAGGUAACUGUGGGAUUUACACUGUUUGGGAAAGAAAGCUUAGUAGACCUAGAUGCCAAUGAAAUCGUUGCAACGACAACGUGAUGUAAAUAUGUUAAAUUGUCAAAAACAGUAUUAAUUGGUUAUUUUCUACUUCAGAAUUGCAUGAAGGCCUUUUAUGGCAUGGCAACUCUUUUUAUUUGUAGACUGGUAUACUUCUGUUUAGGUAUUUUAGCUUUUCAGGGGACUUUUUACUUCAGAACUGCAUCAAUUUGGAAAGAAUUAUGAAAAAUGUAUUAGUGUAUGUUGGUUGUGAUUGAUAAAAAUCAUAUACCAAAUAAAUGAAAAUUCAUAAAAUGCAAUGAUAGGUUGAGGCUCAUUGUUAAAGAUAGUGGGCUAAGAUUGUAGAUCUUUGGCCCCUUACGCCAUUCUUUUUAUCAAAGGCGGGUUUGACAGUUAUGGAGUUGCAGCAAAGGGAAUUCUUAGUGAUUGUUGUGAAACUAUCUUUUUCCUUCUUGGGAAUAACUAGAAUUUUGGAGUUGAAAAUGGAGGUCAUGAACUAAAGGACUGCAAUGCCAGUUUCACUUUGUAUAUUAAUAGAAUUUGAGUAAAGAAAGGAAGACCUACAAGCUUUGCUUUUGAAAA